CCAAAACUGAAAAUCAGAAAAUUGUCUCUUCAGUUUCUCCAUAACGUGUCAAACUUUUUCACAGAAGUUCGACAGAUUUUGCGAGAAAGCCAUGGCCCUUGUUCUUGAAAACACAGUUUUGGCAGUUUUGUUUUUCAUCUUAACUUCAGUGCAGGUUUCAAUUGGAGAGGUUCAUAAGGUGGGAGAUUCUGCAGGUUGGACCACCAUCGGAAAUGUUGAUUAUAAGCAGUGGUCAGCUACAAAAAAUUUUCAAAUUGGUGACGUCAUUGUUUUUGAAUACAAUCCUCAGUUUCACAAUGUGAUGCAAGUAACACAUGCUGAGUACAAGUCAUGCAAUGCAUCUUCUCCCAUUUCUACUCACACUACUGGAAAUGAUUCCAUAACCAUCAAUACUCAUGGCCACCACUUCUUCAUGUGUGCCGUCCCCGGUCACUGCCAGGCUGGACAGAAAGUCGAUAUCAACGUUCUUCGCUCUCCUUCAGUCGCCCCUUCGCCUUCUCCAUUAUCCUCUCCUGUUCAUACUGUACCCGCACCUUCUCCCAAUGCAGCACGAUUCUCGGCUUUAAAUAAGCCAUUUGAGAAGCUUGGAUGGCUAUUGCUGGUUUUGCAGCUUUUAUUUGUGGUUUCUUAAACGUUAUCGUAUCAUCAGAAUUUGUGAGUUACAUGGAUUAUCAGCUCACUGGUGAAAACAUUUGGCAUUUUACUUGGUGUUAGUAAUGUACUCAGCAUAAGACUCAACAAUUUUCAUUCCGGUCUGUUCUUGUUUUCAAUGUACUGCCAUGGCAAUUUUUUGUAUAGUUGAGUAUAUUUUCACAAGAGAACUUUACCAGCAAAUGAACUUUCCAUCUUUUACUUUCUCCAAAAUGGAA